CCGCCACCCCACCCACCGCCAUCCCCACCCAGUCCGCAGCCCCUUCCAGUCCGCAGCUGUCGCCGGGCUCCCACUCCCGCCGCCGCCGCCGCCAGCCCAGAGGUGCCUCUGACUUCAUCUGCCACGCGAGCCAGAUCUUUCUCCGUCGGGAUCCUCAGCUAAGACCGCAGCCAUGCCGGUGACCGUGACGCGCACGACCAUCACCACCACGUCCUCCGCCUCGCCCACCGUGCUGGGCUCCCCGCGGGCGCUGACCCAGCCGCUGGGCCUGCUCCGCCUGCUGCAGCUGCUGUCCACCUGCGUGGCCUUCUCGCUGGUGGCCAGCGUCAACGCCUGGGUGGGCUUCUCGGGCAACUUCUGCAUGUUCGCCUGGUGCUUCUGCUUCGCCGUGACCCUCGUCAUCAUCGCCGUGGAGCUGGCCGGGCUGCAGGCCCGCUUCCCGCUGUCCUGGCGCAACUUCCCCAUCACCUUCGCCUGCUACGCCGCCCUCUUCUGCCUGACGGCCUCCGUCCUCUACCCGGCCACCUACGUCCAGUUCAUGGGCCAGGGCCGCUCGCGCGACCACGCCAUCGCCGCCACCGCCUUCUCCUGCCUGGCCUGCCUGGCCUACGCCACCGAGGUGGCCUGGACCCGGGCCCGGCCCGGCGAGGUCACCGGCUACAUGGCCACCGUGCCGGGCCUGCUCAAGGUGGUGGAGACCUUCGUGGCCUGCAUCAUCUUCGCCUUCAUCAGCGACCCCUACAUGUACAAGGACCGGCCGGCGCUGGAGUGGUGCGUGGCCGUCUACGCCAUCUGCUUCAUCCUGGCGGCCGUGGCCAUCCUGCUCAACCUGUUCGACUGCACCAACGCCCUGCCGGUGCCCUUCCCCACCUUCCUGUCCGGCCUGGCGCUCCUGUCCGUGCUGUGCUACGCCUCCGCCAUGGUCCUGUGGCCGCUCUACCAGUUCGACGAGAAGCACGGCGGCCAGCCCCGGCGCGCCAGGGACCCCAGCUGCCGGGGCAGCCACGUCCAGUACGUGUGCCCCUGGGACCGCCGCCUGGCGGUGGCCAUCCUCACCGCCAUCAACCUGCUGGCCUACGUGGCCGACCUGGUGCACUCGGCCCACCUGGUCUUCGUCCGGGUCUGAGGCGUGCCAUCCGGGACCCGCCCGACUCCCUCUCUCUCUCUCUUUCUCUCUCUCUCUCUCUCUCCUCUCCUCUCUCUCUCUCUCUCUCUUUCUCUCUCUCCCUCUCUCUCUCCCUCUCUCUCUCACCAGGGUGUCUCUGAUCUCCUCCCAAGUCCUCCCCCUGCAUCUCCUC